GAGACAGUAGCAUCAAGUCUCCUCCUGUAGGGAGUGACUUGCAGACCUCAAAUUUGGGGUCAUUCAGGUGCCAUCCCUUCAAUCCCCCCUCUGCCUGCUCCUUGUUUGAGUCGAUUGGAUUUGGGGCCUGUGGUCUGGAGUGAGAGUUCUCUGACUGUCUGCAAGGCUGCUCAGCUCCUCUGAGGGCGUGAAGAUCCUUAGAUGUGAGGGUGAAGUCGGUGGUUUGUGGACCAUGGCUUUUCCUGCGGGCUUUGGAUGGGGGGCAGCCACGGCAGCCUACCAAGUGGAAGGAGGCUGGGCUGCAGAUGGAAGAGGCCCUUGUGUCUGGGACACAUUCACCCAUCAGGGAGGAGAGAGAGUUUUCCAGAACCAGACUGGUGAUGUCGCUUGUGGCAGCUACACUCUGUGGGAGGAAGAUUUGAAAUGUAUCAAACAGCUUGGAUUGACUCAUUACCGCUUUUCUCUUUCCUGGUCACGUCUGUUACCUGAUGGGACGACAGGUUUCAUCAACCAGAAAGGGAUUGACUAUUACAACAAGAUCAUUGAUGAUUUGCUGACAAAUGGGGUUACACCUGUUGUGGCCAUCUACCACUUCGACCUGCCUCAGGCUUUAGAAGACCAAGGAGGUUGGUUGUCAGAGACAAUCAUUGAAGCCUUUGACAAAUAUGCUCAGUUUUGUUUCCAUACCUUUGGAGAUCGAGUCAAGAAGUGGAUCACCAUAAAUGAGCCCAAUACUCUUGCAGUGCUGGCAUAUGACAUGGGAAUUUUUGCUCCUGGUAUACCUCACAUUGGGACUGGAGGUUACCAGGCAGCUCACAAUCUGAUUAAGGCUCAUGUCAGAUCCUGGCACAGCUAUGAUUCUUUAUUCCGAAAAGAACAAAAAGGUAUGGUUUCCUUAUCAUUGUUUUGUUGCUGGUUAGAACCAGCAGAUCCCAAUUCAGUGCCUGAUCAGGAAGCUGUUAAAAGAGCAAUCAGUUUCCAGUUGGAUUUCUUUGCUAAACCCAUAUUCAUUGAUGGUGAUUACCCCAAACUUGUCAAGUCUCAGAUUGCCUCCAUGAGUAAAAAGCAAGGCUAUCCAUCAUCCAGACUUCCCGAAUUCACAGAAGAAGAGAAGAAAAUGAUCAAAGGCACUGCCGAUUUCUUUGCUGUGCAAUAUUAUACAUCUCGCUUAGUCAAGCACCAAGAGAACAAGAAAGGAGAACUAGGCUUUCUUCAGGAUGUGGAGAUCAAGUUUUUCUCCAAUCCCUCAUGGCAGGGUGUGGGUUGGAUCUACGUGGUGCCAUGGGGGAUACGUAAGCUCCUGAAAUAUAUUAAGGAUAUGUAUAAUAACCCUGUAAUUUACAUCACAGAAAAUGGGUUUCCUCAGUGUGACCCCCCAUCUCUUGAUGACACUCAGCGCUGGGAGUAUUUCAGACAGACAUUUCAGGAACUGCUCAAAGCCAUCCAUGUUGAUGGAGUCAGUCUUCAAGCAUAUUUUGUGUGGUCUCUUCUGGAUAACUUUGAGUGGAACAAUGGGUACAGCAGACGAUUUGGCCUCUUCCACGUUGAUUUUGAAGACCCUGCUAGACCUCGAGUCCCCUACAGAACAGCCAGAGAGUAUGCGAAGAUCAUCAGAAACAAUGGCCUAGAAGGACCUCUCUAGAGAGGAUGCCUGGAAAAUGUCACCUGGUAAAGGAGCUUCUGUAUCUGGAAAAGAAAUAUACUUUGGUGAUGAUCUUUUACAACUCCAAGUUGCCUCUCAAUUGACUGAUCUGUGAUUACAAAAUCUCAGUAUACAAAGUCUGUGAAUGAAUUAACAAUGGCCUUUAUUUCUAACUUGAUCAAUCAGAUUUUCUU